AUGUUCAAUGAAAUUUUUCAGACUGAAUCCUCCAAAGCUGGUCGUCAGAGUAAAGACAUGUGGAAACAAACUACACUCAUAGAUAUGUUUGAAAGAAGUUCAAGCUAUGAAGGGGGUCAAAAAACUAGCCAAAUAAAUCAAGCUUUGAUCUACAUGAUCUGCAAAGACAACAUGCCUCUAUCUUGUGUAGAAAAACCUGGAUUGAAAAGAUGUAUGAGUGUCGUUUGUCCACGCUAUAAGGUUCCAUCUCGAACUACUAUAACUGGCUUCAUGGAACAGCGAUAUGCCACUACCAAAGCCAUUUUAAAACAAAAAUUAAGUGAGAAAAAUAAUAUUGCUUUAACAAGUGACAUAUUAACUCUUACCAACUCGACACGAAGUUUCAUCGUAGUGACAGCGCAUUUCCCUAACACUGCAUAUAACUGCACUACUGAGCAUGAGAUGGUGACAUUGACAGGCGUUAAGCACAAAAAUGCACACACAGCUGAUUAUAUAAAAGAAUGCUUUGAAAAUAUUACCGAAGAGUUCACAAUAGAAAAGGAUUGCAUUUUAUCAAUCACCACUGACGGUGGUGCUAACAUGGUUGCUGCAGUGAAACAAUAUUUGGGAGAUGGAAAAAGAAUUCCUUGCAUGGCGCAUUUGCUGAAUUUAAUAGUGGAUGGGGCAACAAGAGAUAAUGGAUCAGUUCUACAAAUUGCCAAUCGUGUCAAAGCCAUCGUAACAUAUUUUAAACAAUUUGUAAAAUCUGUAAUGGACGAUUUACGAGCAGAGCAAGAGGGAAAAAAGAAAGAGGGAGAAGUGUUAACACUUACACAAUCAGUAAGCAUAAGGUGGAAUUCUUGUCUUGACAUGUUGGAAAGAUUUAAUACAUUAUCAGCUAUUGUGGCUAAGAUUUUGGCAACCAGGCGGAAUGCACCUGAUAUGAUAACUUCUUCAGAGUUAAGUGUCAUACGAGAUCUUAUAAUGUAA